GCAGGCGCGAGUUGAUGACGUCAGCCGCGCGGUCUCAAUCUGCUGGUGGAGUGUAAGUGUGAGAGUGACAGGGAGCCAGCAGGACAGUCAGAAAUAUAUCACAACAUGGAUGGGGAGAAGAAAAUGGUAGUUGUGGAAAAUUUUGUGGAAUAUCAUCUUUUCUUAGUGUCUGAAGAGCCCAGUGAUCCAGAGCAGCGCAAGCAAAUCCUUAAACAGUACAUAGAGCGCAUACUGGCUACGUUUGCACCUUUUUUAGCACCAUAUAUUUGGCAAAACCAACCAUUUAAUCUCCGAUAUAAAAGCAAAAAAGGUAAUACUCCAGCUCAUAUUGGAGGAAUAACCUACUUUGGGGAUAAUAUUGAGGACGAGUGGUUCAUUGUGUACCUUAUCCAAGAGAUUACCAAGCAAUUCCCAGAACUGGCAGCAAGGAUUGAGGACAAUGAUGGAGAGUUUUUGUUAAUAGAAGCUGCUGAUUUCCUGCCUAAAUGGCUAAAUCCAGAAAACAGUUCCAAUCGGGUUUUCUUUUACCAUGGAAAACUAUGCAUCAUCCCAUUGCGCCAGACUGAUGAAAAACGAAACCACUCAGCAACCAAUAUAGACCUAACGCAAGCUUUGGCAUUAUUAUCUGCCCAUUCAGACAAAUUCUUGGCUGCUGAUUCUGUUUCUAAAGCUGUCCGGAGGAGGCUAGAAGGGUACCCGGAUAAAAUUAAGGAUUCUCUGCACCGAGCCCAUUGCUUUGUUCCCGCUGGACUUGCAGCUGUUCUAAGAGAGCGUCCACAUCUGAUAUCCGCAGCCGUUCAAGCUUUUUAUCUCAGAGAUCCCAUUGACCUGAAAGCCUGUCGUGUUUUUCAUAAUUUUCCUUCUGAAACACGAGUCCUUACAUCAGUUACAUUCACAAAGUGUUUGUAUGCCCAGCUGAUGCAGCAGAAGUUCCAGCCAGACAGACGGAGUGGUUAUACACUUCCUGCCAUCUCACACCCUCAGUACAAAGCACAUGAACUGGGAAUGAAGCUGGCUCAUGGUUUUGAGAUUCUUUGUUCGAAAUGCCCCAGGCCUUCAUCAGACUCUAAACGAUGUCCCUUACAGAGUCCUCUCUGGACUGGAUUUUUAAACACCCUGAAGAAAAAUGAUUAUUUUAAGGGAGAAAUGGAGGGUUCUGCUUUGUAUUGUGAACUUCUUAAGAAGGCGGAAAUUUACUUCCAGCAAUCAGUGCUCAGGCCUGAAAGCUCUGUAACUGAGAGCCCUGGUGAACAAGUGCUGUGCCUGCUGAAUACACUACCCAUUAACAUAGAAGAAAUGAAGAGGAAUGAGGGGAAUCUGCCACCAGAUGAAGAUGACAGCUGGUUGAAUAUUUCUCCGGAAAAACUGGAGCAGAUCUUACAAGAGGCUGCAGGCCCCAUGGAAUCUGUUCCUGCUUCCGCUAUCAGUGAGCAGAAAUAUGAUUUAUCCGAAGUGACAGAGAGCAUGAAAGCAUUCAUAUCAAAAGUCUCAUCACAUGAAGGAGCAGAGGUACCAUGGGAAUUGCCUGAAACUCCAAUUACUUUUGAUCUAGACUCUUUUAAAAGAGCGUUGCAAAAAAUUCUGGGGUCUAGUCCAGAGGAGUUGGAUUCAGAUGAUCUAGACGAAGAAGAAGACUUUGAAUUGUUGGAUAGUGAUGAGGAAGAGGGAAUACCACCUACAUCUGAAGCUUUAGGCAGUCUGCGGUCCUACAUGGAUGUUAUGGAUCAAGAAUUGGCUCAGACAAAUAUUGGGCAAAGUUUCACAACAAAGACAAAGAGACAGUCUGCAGAGGCAGGGACCUCUACAACCGACCAAGUUAACUCGGAGGAAGACCUUUCUACUGAAGAACAAUGCUUUGCCCCAGUGGAUGUAGAUUUAAAUCUGGUGACAAAUCUGCUUGAAUCAUACAGUUCCCAGGCUGGACUAGCAGGCCCCGCAUCAAAUAUCUUACAGAGUAUGGGAGUCCAUCUACCUGACAAUACGGACCACAACACACCUGCAGACACUAUUCUGCACUGAUUGAUCUAAAUCAUAAACUGUAGGCAUAAUAUUUAAGAGUUUCAAGGUGAACAUUUUCCACAAUCAAGCUCAAAUGAAAAGCCCUUAUUUAUCACAUCUUAUCUCAAAUCAUACACCACAGUUUUAUUCACAACAAUGUAAACUUGUGAGACGAAACCGGUAAAAAGUCUUCAAACGUAUACUAUCCAAACUAAUUUUGUACGUUCCUAGAGGAUUUCAUCUUGGUUACCUGACCCCUAUGUGCGUUUCUUUUUAAGUGAUCCUAAAUCUGGUAAGAUUUAAAUACUAAGUUCCACACUGAGAAGAUUUGCAAGAUUCUCUUGGCUUAAUAUUGAAAUACACUUAGCUUUUAAAAUGAG